AUGGCAACGUGGGACAUUUCGCGUACAUCAGGAACCUGUCCCGGCUGGUGGACACCCAACUUAGCAGCAAUAAACGGCAAAAAUACAUUUGUGAUAUGUCUGCACUACUUCUCCUCAAACGAGAUGUUGGAGGCCCACUCCGUGGAUUGCAACAAGAUGAACAAGUGCACCAUCGUUUUACCCGAUGAAGACAACAAGUGGUUGAAUUUCACGAGUUACAACAGAAAGGAGCGAAUGCCGUUCGUUGUGUACGCCGAUUUGGAAUGCAUCCUGCAGAAGACGAAUGACGAUCCGAAGCUGUACCAGCGUCAUCAAGCAUGUAGCAUCGGGAUGCUACGAAACCGAAAAAGGACAACAUCUAGAGGCACUACUGAUAUGACUAAUUAUAAAAUUGCAGCUGAAGAACAUUUUAAUUGUAAAAUAAGUAUCAGAGCAGCUGCAAAAGAAUAUGGUCUUUGCCAUGUCACUCUUACUAGAUUUAUCAAGAAAUUGAAGUCUGGUGAUACAUCAGCAAGAGUCGGAUACCACAGCGUCAAACGUAUUUUUUCUGAUGAAGAGGAAAAUAUUCUUCAAAAUUACAUUAUAACUUGCUCAAGUUUAUGUUAUGGACUCUCGCCAAAAGACGUAAGAAGAUUAGCUUACCAGUUAGCAGUAAAACAUAACAAACAAUUUUCAACGGCAUGGCAUGACAAACAGCUAGCGGCAAGACCAACACUUGAAGAGAAAUGCCUGCUUUUACUUGACAACCAUGAGUCGCACUUGUUAAUCAAGGCUCUUGAUUUUUGUAAAAACAAUGGGAUCGUCUUGUUGUCAUUCCCUCCACAUUGCACACAUAAAUUACAGCCGUUAGAUCGUGCUGUAUACGGACCGUUUAAAAAAAUGAUUAACACUGCCUCUGAUAAAUGGAUGCGCAAUAACCCCGGCAAAACAAUGACAAUCCACCAUAUUCCUGGUAUUGUAAGAGAGGCUUUUCCUCUUGCGGUCACUGAUGCUAAUGCUAUAGCAGGAUUUAAAUGUACCGGAAUAAGUCCAUUUAAUAGGAACAUAUUCACACCUGUUGACUUCGCACCUGCUGCUGUGACGGAUCGACCACCGAUAGCUUCUGUCCAAGACGAUUCUAACAAUAAUCAAAAUCUGGCCAUUGAAAAAGAAAACGUUCUUCACAAUAACCAAACGGAAUCUCAAGUAACUGAUCCUAAACCAGGUCCAAGUGGAUUACAAAAGCAAGACAACUUUUCACCCGAAGAUAUUCGACCUUUCCCACGUGCAGGUCUAAGACUACAAACAAAUAGAGGACGUAAGAGGCGAAAGACUGCGAUUCUAACCGAUACUCCAGAAAAAAUGGCUACUGAAGAAGAAUUUAAUAAUAGGAAGAAGGUAAAGAGAAAUAUCUUAGUAUCUGAAGAAGAGAAAACUAAAAGCAAGAAAAGUAAAAGCGAAGAGAAAGAUAAAAGCAAGAAAAAAGGGAAAAAACGCGAUAACCAAAAAUAAGGAAAAGUGCAAUUUCUUCAAGUUGAUAGGCUGUGCUUGGUUGUAAGAGCUAGUCUCAUUUUAAAUUGAUAAUUCUCACUAUGUAUCUAAGUCAUAAUUGUGAUUCGGAACAAGCACCGAUAUUUUUUUUUGUAAAAGUAGGCAAACUUACAAUUAGUUAAAAAGAUACCAAACUGUUUGUGAUCUUAGCUAUAGUUAUUUUGUUGCCUAAUGAAGAUUAUUUAAGUUCUUUAAGUAAUAUAAUAAUAAAUUGUUCUCUUGUUUUUUUAUUUUUAUGACAUAACAAUUAUUUUAUAUUGUUAAAAACAUUUUUAUUUUGUUUCCUGGAAAAAUUAGAAGUGUUACUUUCAUCCCCAUAGUGUGUUACUUUCGUCCUGGGCCCCCAGGAUGAAAGUAACAAUCGGCACAGUUACGAAAAGCUAAAAUAACUUUUUAAGUAUUUAUGAUUUAGGGGUGAAGCAUAUAUGUAAUGAUAAACCAAUAAAUGGAGUAUCCUAAUAUAUAAAUGUUUUUGUUGUAUCUCUAAACAGUAACCAAUGACUGACCUCUAAAGUAAAAGUGUUACUUUCGUCCCCGGUCUCCCCUAUUACGUGCGAUGUUCAUACGAACGUCGUUAUCAGGAUACCGAUCCCGUCGCGAUAUCGAUUGUAUAGCAUGGUUCACCGAGGAACUGCGAAAUAGCAUUUCGCGUGAAAGCGAUUUUGUCGAGAAAUAUCCCCAUGGCAGAUUUAACGCGAGACGAGCGCGAAAAAUUUAAUAGCGCGAUACACUGCCCUAUAUGUGAAAAAUCGUUCGCGUUCGAUGACACGCGGGUUCGCGAUCAUUGCCACCUGACCGGCUGGUACAGACGUCCCGCGCACGCGAAUUGUAAUCUAAAUUAUAAAGAUUCCUAUACUAUUCCGAUAGUGUUCCACAAUUUAUCCGGCUACGAUUCACAUUUUAUAAUCAAAGAAUUGGCUAAUAACACAGACCUGCGAAAUUUUAGGUUUUGUUAGUUACAAAAAGCAGAGUAGGAGAAUCUGAUAGAUUUUUUGUCGCUGAAAACGAAUCUGGCCGCAGAAUUUCUCCAGCACGUCAGGUUUUUGAGUAAUUUGUGGUUAAAUGAUCCAAAAAUGGCUAUUUCGACCAAUUUCAUGAAUUUAUUAUGGGAGAACCAAAUUGUUUGAAACAUUUUUGCCAAUGGCAUCGUAUAGUACUAAUCUUUAUCUUUCAAAUCCAUUUUCGAUUGCCGUCGGACGAGUUUUUUCGAGAUAUAUAAGUAUGAAGUUAUAAGGCUAGUCAUGGUCAAUGCCGCUCUGAAGAGAGAAGUUGUGAGCCUGUAUCUUCAAAUAUAACUGGCUAUAAAGCUUGCAGCCAAGAGUAUAUUUUUCAAAUUUUCUCAUUUGAUGCUUUUUUAUAGUUUUGAAAACAAUUUUUUUUAAUUUUAUACCUUUUU